GACUCUCCAUUCACUUGGAAAGAAAGAUCGGAGAUGGCGAGGUGAAGGACAGUGCAAGGAACAGCAAGGGCGAGAGCGCGAGGGGUCGGGGUCAGAGCGGAGGGCGUGGCAGGAGGCGAGGGGCGGCGGGGAGGGCCCGGCAGGAGCAGCGAGAGCGCCGGCGUGUGGCGGAGGUGGAGGUGGAGGUGGAGGGCGGCGAGAGGUUGAGGCAAUGGCUGACAGGCGGGUUGUCUGUUCCAGCGUGGUCCCCCGGAGACGUCGAUGCCGACCAGCGCCGCCGCCGCCGAGACCGCUAGGUUGCUGAACUAUGGCCCGCCGCAGCCGCAGCCGCCGCCGCCGCCGCUCUGGGCCGCGGGCGAAGGCGCCGCCGGAUGGGUGGGCGGCGCGGGCGGCGGCGCGGCCAGGGGCGGCCUGGGGGCGGACCGCCACUACCCGUGCGUCUUCUGCCACUACCGCUCGCGCUCGCGGGUCGACCUGGACAAGCACGUGCGCACGCACACGGGCGAGAAGCCGUACAAGUGCGUGUUCUGCGUGUACAUGUCGGCCGACAAGAGCAACCUGCGGCGCCACCUGCUCGGCGUGCACAAGAUCAAGUACGACGACCUGCAGCCGCUCCUGGCCGCGCGCGCGCCUCCGCAGGCGUUGCCGCAGCCUGUCAGCCCACCCCUGCCGCAGGCGCUGCCGCAGCCCCUGGCUCGCGCCCACAAGUUUUCUCUGCACGCCGCCCCCCCCGCCCCCCAAGAGCGGCCUCCCCGCCUCCUCUGCGGCGCCCAAAGCCUCGCUCCCCGCCCGCCCGCCCGCGGCUGCCGAGCCCUGUGCCUCGGCCGCGCGCCCCCCGCUGCACUCCGACGGCCACGCGACGCCUCCGUAAGGCCGGCCCUUCCGUGGGCCUCCCGCCCGUCGCCGUUUCCGCCUCCCGUCCCUCUGUCCGCUCUGCCGCCGCCUCCUGCCUUGCUUCCCUUCGGCCUCCGCUUGGCCUCGCUUCCUCUCCUCUCCAGUCUUCCUUCCUCCGCUCUCCCUCUCCAGGUCUUCCUUCCUCCGCUCUCCCUCUCCGUCUUGCCCGCAUCCGGCGCCUCUCUCACGCCCUUUCCUCGCUGCCCCUUCACCCCUCCCCCCGCCCCGGAGCCUUUCUCUGCAGUGAUUACCGGAACGACUUUUCAGAAGGGGUUUUUGGCCGGACAAGGACAGCUCCCGUUUUCCGAUUAUGCUUUUUUUUCUUUUACUCUGCAUCAUUAUUCUUCUAUUUUGGUUCCCCUUUUCUGGAUCAGAGAAUCAGCUGCACCUCCACCACCAGCACCACCACCACCACCAGCAGGCGCAGCAGCAGCAGUUCCAGGGGCCGGAGCCGCUCCUCUAACGCUCGAAGGGGGCGCUGCCAAAGGCGGCCCGCAACCUUACGAUGCAAGGUUCCCUCGGGAUCCUUGGGGUUCCAGCGGACCCAGAGGGCUCCUUCGGCACGAGUCACCUGCUGCGUGCAAGUUCAUGAAACGGCCUGUAGAUGCAGCCGUGGUCAUGCCUUCGGACCGGAAGGCGACGGAGCCCGGCCAGAAUGCAGCAGCUGAUCUGGCGCUCCCGCUGCCGCCGCUGCCGCUGGCGAGGGCGCGCGCGGAGGCCCCCGAGCGCCUUCGGCUGCAGAGGCGGCGCGGUGCUCGUCGUCGGGAGCGCUCCUCUCCGCGCAAGGCGUGCGCCGCCGGGGUUCGCCGCCAGCGCCCACAGAACUCGCGUCUUGCUCUACGAGGCUCUGCGAAACCCAACUCGCGGGCGUCCUCGCGGCGCGGGCGGCGCGGGCGGCGCGGGGCGGAGCGGCUGAAGGCUCAUCCAGUCUCUGUUCUCUUGGGGCGCCGAGCAGAGUGGUCCUCACUGCUUCUGACGAAGUCUGCCGGAGUUUCGGAGCUCAAGUUUCUGUGGCGCAGAGCUGCUGCCUCGGCGGACGGAGACCCAGUUGUUGCCAAGGUCGACGGAAGUCCUUCCAAGGGCCUGGUGCAGCUGGCGCUGACGGUGGCGACGGCUGCGCGGGGGCUGCGCGGGGCAUCCGAGCCAGCUGACGUGCCUUUUCCUUUGCAGCGUUGGCCCGGCGUGGGCGCGGGCGCGGGCCGAGCCGCGGGCGCCGUGUGCGGCCUGUGCGGCAGGACGCUGAGCUCGGCGUCCAGCCUGGAGCGGCACCUCCGGUACCACCGCGGCGAGCGGCGCCACGCGUGCCCGCACUGCCCGUACCGCGCCGUGGCCCGCGACAAGCUGGUGCGGCACCUGCACACGCACACGGGCCACCGGCCGCACCGCUGCCGCCUCUGCCCCUUCGCCGCCAUCCAGGCCACCGACUUGCGGAAGCACGAGCGGAGCAAGCACGCCGCCCACGGGGGCCCCCUCCCCUAGGCUACGCCCAGGCCCCUGUG